AUGGCACGUGAGCUGGAACCGUUGAUUGGUCUGUCCAGCCUCUUGUCCUUCUGCGCAGCGUUGCGCAGUGCACAGCUACGGGACUAUCAUAAAUUGCUGGAAACAUUAUAUUACUGCAAUCCCUUCUUGAGUGAAGUCAUGUCGAAUUCCGCAGAGCACCCACCCACAUACGCCGAAGGCGACAACGGCGAUGGACAUGGCGCUGUGCCAGAAUUCGAAGCCCAUGCUACCGAGGGAACACCAGAUGCAGCUCUCCCCCCGGUUUCGCAGCCUCAGGAUGAACACGAUGAGGCCCCGCAGGUCGCUGCACUCCGCAGCAUGUUUCCCGAUUUUGAUAGUACCGUCCUGCAAUCCGUCCUGGAGUCCGUCGACUACAACCAGGAUCGUGCGAUUGAUGUCCUGCUCGGGAUGAGUGAUCCCGAGUAUGUAUCGACUGCGGUGUCCCCACCCCCUGAACACGACCUGGCACUUGAUGAACAGCUGGCCCGCCAGCUGGCGCUUGAGGACGAACAUCAGGCCCCUCGCGCUCGGGGUCAGGCAUGGCCCCGUAGGGGCGAUGUACCCUACGAAGCACGGCACCGGACGCCUGGACAGCCACAGUCGCAACAGCAACAACAGCAACAAUACGUCACGGGAAGUGAACGAGGGGACUUUCAGGAGUUACAGGAAACACUGGGGCGCAUGGCCGAAAGCGGUAAACGAACUUUCAGCUCCAUUGUCUCAAAGGCCAAAGCCAAGAUCAAUGAAUACAAUCAGCAGAAUAGCCAACCACGGCCCGGCCAGACAUCAGCACGACCAACAGAGCAACGAUGGGAUGCCGCUCCGACGGCACAGCUCGAUCGCCAUACGGCCGCGGAGGCAUACUCACAACAAUACUACGCGCAGAACAGGGAAUCGAACGCACCGCCGGCCAGAGAGACGCGUACCCCCCCUCUUGUUACUCUGCAAGAUGGCAGGAGCUCGUCAAACGAUUACAGACAGGUGACAGGAUAUGACGUAGGUCCCAAGCUAGAUUCCCCCCUGCCCUCCGCCAGUGCCACAGUCCGCCCAUCUAGCCCCCAGAACGCGGCCAACAGGUCUUCAAUAUCGUCUGCACGCCCAUCCGGCGAGACCUCGCAGCGUCCGCUCUCUGCAAGCGGGGACCCAAUUGAUGGAGCAAAGCUCGGCUUAUUACCGAAGAGGGCCGUGUCCUUGAUAAACACCUCCCAAGUGCCGCACAAAUCAGAGGAGGAGGAUGAGUUGGAAUAUGUUGAGAAUCCAUUCGAGGAAGGCCAUAAUUGA